CACACACUUGAUUAAUUAAAACAACUGAAGUUGUUACAGUGCACGUUAAUGAAGGAUUCGGAAUGCAUGGCUGUGCUUGGUGUCCGUAAACCUAUAAGCGUGGAUUUGUGUGAGAAGCGCGCAUCUCUCCACAGACGCACAGAAGCUCCGAGCUGGAUAUUCCGUGCGCUGGAACACUGAGACAUCUGUAGACGGCUCACACCAUCCUUUCAGGAUGGAGGUUUCGGGCAGUGGGUGGGCAGCUGAGCUCACCCCUCCGUGUGUGACACAAGCUGCAAAUGGAAACGACUCUGGUCAGGUGUUUGAGGUGGCGCUGCAGAACAGCUCCUCCAAGCGCAGCCCCCAGUUUGCGGGCGUGGAGCUGCUGCAGUCCUUCAAGCCGCUUAUCAUUCCCUGCUACACCCUCGUGGCUCUGGUGGGCGUCUUUGGCAACUACCUGCUCCUCUAUGUCAUCUGCCGCACUCGCAAGAUGCACAACGUCACCAACUUUUUCAUUGGAAACCUGGCUUUCUCUGACAUGCUGAUGUGUGCUACGUGUGUCCCCUUCACGCUGGCCUAUGCCUUCAACCCACACGGUUGGGUGUUUGGUCGCUUCAUGUGCUACCUGGUGUACCUCAUACAGCCGGUGACGGUGUACGUGUCAGUGUUCACCCUCACUGCCAUUGGUGUAGACAGAUACUAUGCCACGGUGCACCCUUUGAAAAAGCGGAUCUCGGUCUUGGCGUGCACCUACCUCCUGUCUGGGAUCUGGCUGUUGUCCUGUUGUCUGGUGGCCCCGGCUGUGGCUCACACCUACCACGUGGAAUUUAAAAAUGAAGGCUUCACCAUCUGUGAGGAGUUCUGGAUGGGCCAGGAGAGGCAGCGGUUGGCCUACGCCUACAGCACUCUCUUCAUCACCUACGUCCUGCCUCUGUCGGCCCUCUGCAUUUCUUACCUGUGCAUCUCCGUCAAACUGCGGAACUGCGUCAUACCCGGCCACCACACAGAGAGCCAGGCAGAGGCUCAGCGCGUUCGCAAACGCAAGACCUUCCGUCUGGUGUCCCUGGUGGUGGCGGCAUUUGGCAUCUGCUGGAUGCCCAUCAGCGUGUUCAAUGUCCUGCGUGACAUUGACAUCGAUCUGAUCGACAAGCAGUACUUUCUACUCAUUCAGCUGCUUUGCCAUCUGUGCGCAAUGAGCUCAUCCUGCUGUAACCCUUUCCUCUACGCCUGGCUGCACGACCGCUUUCGAGCUGAGCUUCGCAAAAUGUUCACGUGCCGCCGUCGCAUUGGCAUCUCAGCCAACAACUGCGCCACAGCCAGUGUGGUAUUGUGAAGCUUUUGUGUUUUAAGCUGAAACUGGGUACCCACACUCAUCUCAUUUUGGUAAAGCAGUGAUAAUAUUUAAAACAGUCAGAAUUAGAGCAGCCUAGGCAUAGAUGGGAUAGGGUAGGAGUCUAAUGUAUGAUGAUCCAGCUCUUAGCCGGCAUCCAUAUGAUAUACAAACUAAAUUAGUAGGAUACUGUCAAACAUGUCCCCGUGUUGUUGAUCAGACAGAGAUAUAGCAUUACAAUCCAGAGAUAUGCUCCAUCACUCCUCUUUUCAAACUCUCCAGGAUUGUUUAACACAAUACGAUGCUUUAGGAACAGGAAAUAAGUUUACUGGUACUGAUUUUCAAGAACAAGGGUGAUGUGCAGAGCUGUAGAGGAAUAAAACUCAUGAGCCACACCAUGAAGAGAUGGGAAAGACUGGUUGAGGCUAGGCUGAGAAAAAAAGGUGAUGAUAAGUGAGCAGCAACAUGACUUCAUGUAGAGAAAGAGCACUACAGAUGUGAUGUUUGCUUUGUGUUGUUGGAGAAGUGUAGAGAGGGUCAGAUAGAGUUGCACUGUGUCUUUGUGGAUCUAGAGAAAGCAUAUGAAAAGGUGUCAAGAGAGGCGGUGUGGUACUGCAUAAUGGAAUGAGGAGUGGCAGAGAAGCAUGUGAGGGUGGUGCAGGACAUGUAAGAGAACAGCAAGACAGUGGUGAGGUGUGAGAUAGGAGUAAUGGUUCCAAGUUUGGGGGUGAGAUUACAUAAGGGAUCAAGUGUGAGCCCCUUCUUGUUUGUACUGGUGAUGGGCAGUCUGGCAGAGGAGGUCAGGUCAGAGGAGUCUCUGUGGUGUCUGUGAUGCUUGCAGAUAAUAUUGUGAGAGUAGGGAGCAGGUGGAAGAUUCGUGACAGAA